GGAGUUCCUGUCAAUCCCAACCUGCUAAACCCUCCUUAGAAGUGGCAACUGAGGGAGGAGAUAAACGGGGGGAAGAUGUCGAUUUGGAAGAAAAAAAGAGAGGGGUGAAGAGGAAGAAAUCACAUGGAAAAGAUGGACAUGUUAUUGCUAAAGGGUGGACCAAGGAGCAAGAACUGGCAUUGGAAAGAGCCUAUUUUGCUGCUAAGGCAACUCCUCAUUUCUGGAAGAAGGUGGCAAAGAUGGUGCCUGGGAAGUCAUCCCAAGAAUGCUUUGACAGGAUACAUUUAGAUCACGCGACACCACCUCAACCCCGACCACGUGUAAGGACAAAAAAGACCGUAUCGUCACUUAUGUCUCCUCCCAGUGCAAGCAAAUUGCUUCAACGCGCAGAUGCAAAACCAAAGAGACAUGUUUCACAAAAAGCAGUGAGAGAGAUAUUGAAUAAGCAGUACAUGGUAAAGAGAGAUAGUAAAGAAAUAGAUCUCUUUAGCUUACUUGAGGAGUCAACAACAACAACAACAACAACAACACAUGAUCUUCCAAAUGGUGGUGCUAACUUGGUGACCCCUGAGCUGAAGUUAGGGCAUCCCAGUAACUUUUCUCAGCAAAGCAACUUGAAGGGGGCCACUCUCUUUAGUCCUCCGGUUCUAAAGCCGAUUAAGAACAAAGCUUUGCACGACAGAUACAUUGAUCAGCUGCACUGCAGGGAUGCUAAGAGAAAGGCAGCUUAUUUAAGGACAUCAAAGCUGAACCAAGCCAAGAAAGAAGAACAUCAAAAGGUGAACAAAACAGCAGCAGUCCAAGCUGCUAAGAAUGCUCUCAUCUUUGACGCAAGGGAUGCCAUCAAACAAUUCCAGAAUUCACAAACGAAUCCGUUCCAAAACAUCUUCUGUGGCAGGGAAGAAGAAGAAGAAGAAGAUAUUGGUGAUGAUUGUGGUUACAAUGGUGACGACGACUGAAUUCCAAAGGGUAUGAUGUCUUUCUUUUGAACGAUUCUUGUGUUGCUAAUUGUUCUGUAACUGUCUAACUGAGAUAGAAUUCUGAAAAACAUGUAUUACUCUCUAUGUCAAACCACUUUUUUUUUAAAAAAAAAUUCCGUUUUUUGUUUUUGUGAAUUCCACCUUUUGCUCAGUAGAGCCAUCCAGAUAGUAAAGAAUGAUUUUUCAG